AUGGCAACCGAAAAUAAUAGAGAAGAUACAAAUAAUGAAGAUUUUACGGAAGAAGAUCCUCUUAAAGGAAAUGGAGAAGCAGAAGUUAAACGUAGUUUUAAGGACAAAGUGGUGUAUGUGUUCAAAAAUAUUACCCUCGAGCCCUCGCUGUCAAUGUUCGUGUUAUCAGCCAUGAUAUUAAUGACAGCAUCACAGAAUUUAAAUCUAGACAAGGCUUGUCGUGUAAACCUUAACUUCACAGAAGAAAUAUGUCAUUCUCUACGAAUGCAAGAAGUGGACUCACAGAACGAAUAUGAAAGAGAAACGCAGAAGCUGCUUGCCAGAGCUCUAUCAUGGAGAACUUAUUUAUCAGCCACAAUACCAUGUAUUCUGGCCCUAUUUGUGGGGUCAUUCUCUGAUAGAACGGGGCACAGAAAAUUCUUCAUGAUGGUGUCAAUUACUGGACAAUUGCUCAUUGGUAUCAACAACAUGAUUCAUGUCUAUUUCUUCAACGAGCUCCCUUUGGAAGCUUUAAUCUUCUCUGAAGCUCUUAUCGAGGGUUUUACUGGAGGAUGGUGCAUUUGUUUCUUAACAGCCUUUGCCUUUAUUAGUACUAUUACAACCGACGAGACGAGAACAUUCAGACUUGGUCUGGUCAGUUUUAGUGUGACAGUGGCUUUUCCCAUUGGAAUGGGGGUCAGUGGGAUCCUGUUGAAGAAGAUUGGUUACUAUGGCUGCUACGGACUGACAUCAGGCUUACAGUUCCUCAAUUUGAUGUAUAUUGUAUUUGUGGUGAGGGAUCCGAAGAGAAACAAGGAACAAAAGAAGCACGAUCGUCAAGGCUGCUGUCACUUAUUCCGCGUCUUCUUCGACCCAUCGAACGUCAAAGAGACCAUUGCUGUGCUGUUGAAGAAAGCUCCUAAGAGCAGGAGGCUACGACUAUGUGUCCUUCUUGGAGUAGUCAGCGUUUUAUUCGGACCGAUGUACGGUGAAAUUUCUGUCAUGUACUUAUCCACAAGAUAUAGAUUCAAUUGGGACGAAGUGAAAUUCAGUAUAUUCCAGUCAUAUAACUUCAUUACACAUACUAUUGGUACAAUAUUCUCGAUUCUGGUGCUGAGUAAAUAUUUGAAGUGGCAUGACUCACUCCUGGGCAUCGUGUCCACAUUGAGUAAGAUCGCUGCUUCAUUCGUCUACUGUUUUGCUAAGAAUGAGAAGGUGUUUUAUAUAGCUCCUAUGGUUGAAAUUCUGAAUGGGACAUCGUUGCUGGCAAUGAGGUCGAUAAUCUCAAAACUUGUUGAACCAAAUGAAUUAGGUAAAGUGAACUCGCUGAUAGGCUUGGUAGAGAACCUAAUGCCAUUGAUAUACGUGCCAUUGUACACAAGGGUGUACACAGCCACCAUGGAAGUAUUGCCAGGUGCUGUGUUCCUGCUGGGAGCCAGCAUGACACUUCCUGCUGUGAUAGUGCUUUUCUGGCUGUUCUUCGAACACAGAAAAGAAGUGCGAAAACAGAAGAAACAUUCAAAGCAUCCUGAAAUACUCGAGUCAUAG